UUAGCUUGGACAGUAGUGCACUGGGCUAAUGUUGGAGUUUGCAGGAGCUGCCUGAGCCGCUCACUCAGCUUCCUGCCUUGUCUGACGCCUUGUUCUUCUGCCUUUCUGCAAAAACAAAACCCACACCAUGAUUGAGAGAAACUAACAAGCUCUCCCGGUGUUCCUGGAGACCCGAGGUGCCCACCGUAAUGCUUGGAGGCUGCUGUCACCGCUGACUCUGCUGCAGUCCAUCAGUGCAGACGAUGCAGAGUCACAUGUGAGGAACGUCCUGCAACGCUGUUCCCCUUCUCACAGAUUAGACUUCUCAGCUGUCACGGUGGUUGCUGCCCCAGCCCUGAUAAAGAGCUAUCAGGCUGCAGAAGCAAAAGACUCCCUCUGAUUCCAGAUAGCGGCCGCAUCGUUAUGGAGGAUUUGACCGAGGAGUGAAGCGCAUUCCUGGAUGAGUCGAGGGCUGCAGUCUUAAGCUUAUGAGAAACCGACCUCUUCGCACUAUGCCCGUCGAGAUGGCUCGCAGCUUUAUUUGCCCACACUGGAACAGCAUGGUACAAGGAUGUGCGUUGCCAUGGUGAUCAUUUACAAGAAAACACUGGAAAAGAAGGGCGCCGACGAUGUAACAUCCAAAAGGACAGACUUGGGCCGGUUCCAGACACAGACCAUGAGCCAGGGGACUGCCCUUUUCUCUUGUGGACUCAUGGAGACAAGCCGGUGGGGCGAAGUGGGUCACAGCUGUGGGAUACAGCAGAGACCGGUUCGGACCAGCCUGGAGAGCCUGUGGGACAGCCUUCCCGAGGUGCACCAGAGUCCCGCCCACUGGGCCUGGGACGUCGGCGGCACCUCCAGUACAAUCAGCAGCCUGUUGCAGGACCUCAGCCUGACCGAGGCCGCGUCCUCCCCCUCCACCGCCCCCCCCAGUAAGCGCCAGUGCCGGUCCCUGUCCUGCUCGGACGACCUGGGCGGCUGCCGCUCCACCUGGCGCCCACAGGGGUCUCGCGUUUGGACGACGGUGGAGAAGAGGCGGUGCCACAGCGGAGGCAGCGUCCAGCGCAGCGGAGCCGGCGCUUCCCAGCUCGGCUUCCCCGCCAUGCAGCGCAGCUCCAGCUUCAGCCUCCCCGCCCGCUCCAACACCCUGGAGCUGCCCUCGUUCGCCCAGCGCCUGCCCUGCCCCUCCGCCUUCACCGGCCUCACGCCCUCCUCCUCCAUGCCCCUGCCCUCCGAACCCUCCUCGGCACAGCCCCUCUACCUCUCUCAUGAACAGAUCUGCCUCCCUGAGCCCAGAGGACCCUCGCCCCCCAGCUCCCCCGACUCCACUCCGGAACUGGAGCGCCGCUGUGGGCAGGGGGGUCUGGCCCGAAGCCGCUCACAGCCCUGCGUCCUGAACGACAAGAAGAUCGGCGUGAAGCGCAGAAGACCAGCUGAUACACACAAACAGAGGCCUUCUUUGGACCUGGCCAAGAUGACCCAGAAGCUUCGGAGUUUCCACAGUCUCAGCUGUCCUGGAAUCACGGCUGAAGACGUCAGCGAGUCCAGCCCGGUCGUCUGCGGUCUCAGAAGCAGCGUUUGGCGCGACAACGGCCGCUCGCCGGCGAACGAACACGGCUCGGACGACGUCGAGCCGCGGACUAAAGAAGGCGAUGUGGGCGGGAAGGCGCCGUCAGACCCCAACAUCGAGGACGUGGACUGGAACGACACGACGGCGGGGACGACCAACGGGAAGGACGGCGAGCCUCUGUGGGCGGGGCUGUGUAGCAUGAGGAAGGACGCGUAUCAGCUCGGAGGCGAACUCGACAUCGAGCAGAUCGAGAGGAACUGAGGCGAGCGGGCGCCAUGGCGACGGCGGACAGUACUGACAGUCUUAAGGACAAAGCGUGUGAAAAAGCCGAAGUGAUCUGAUCUGCACUCGGCUCGGGUUUGUUUUUUUUUUUUCCCUCACGGAGACGAGCAGGAGCGGUGACGCGGCCGCUCAGCGUUGGGACUUUGUGUUGUUGAACGCUUCUCUCCCUGUGUGGUAUCUCAACUAUGUCUCAGGAGAACAAGGAAGUGGGUGCAAAGGGAUUCAAGUGGGGGGGUGGGGGGUGGAGCUGAGCUGACUAAAGGCGACGUAUUGGUAGGCCUACAGACCUGAUUACCCUGACGUUGUACUGUUUGGAGAGAAUUCACAGCAGGCUUGUAUAAAUUCUCUUCAGUAGGAAGAGUGUCCGUUCCUGACGUUCUUCAGUAGUACACGGGUACAUGAUGGAUAGAACAGGAGACUACUACAAGAGCUAUAGUUAACCCCCACUCUUUACUGAGCAACACCACGACGCACGCACACCACCUGUAAAAGUAAAACUGAAGAGCUUAACAUUUCACUCAGUAACAGCGGGAUUCUCCCCCGAGCUCGACGCUCCCAUGUGUUUGAGAGAAACUCUGUGAUGCUAAUAGCGUUAAUAUUCAUUCUUUUUACGAUUUGUAACUACAAAGUUAUGUAAAACAUGAGCAUAUUUCUAUACGAAUAAACCGUUUUAAAUGUG